CUAACCGAACCGCAUGCGUGUGAGCCACCGACCGGUCGCGAGUGAGCCGAGAACAAAAGCCGUGAGAUAACGAUUGAAUAGACGAACAUUUUAUUGCAAAAAUAAGUGUUAUAAAUUAUUGGACAUUCAAAUUAACUUUGUGAAACACAUGUUGUUAACUUUAUUAAAACAGUUACAGUGAACUAUAUACGCAUAAACACCUAUAACUGAGUGAGAAUUUAGUGUACCUAAACGGAUUGCAGUGUUUUAAUGAAUAAACUGAGCGAGUCAUCGUGGUUUAACGGCUAUUAAAUCACUACACACAUUAUAACCUGCGUGUCCUGCGACGCUAUUACAAUACGGUGUUUACCUACAAUACCUACAAAGUGUUUUGCGGUUAUAUAAGUUAUAUUUAAAGCAAGUUAACAAUGGAGGAUCUACUUAUAUGUCAGCACGAGCUUCUGGAGACCUUAAAAAGAGCUGAAACUAAUUACAAAAAGACGCCUAAGGAGAGGAUUAAGAGAAGUUACAUAGAAACGAGGUUAGAAACAUUAGAACAGCUUUGGAAAGACUUUAAAGACGGUCAUAAGAGUAUUAUUGUGAAAAUUACUAAACAAGAAGACAGAGAAGAUUCAUAUUUCGAAGAAAAUACCUAUGAAACCUUUGAAGAGUUAUACACACAAUACAAGGCCACCUUAAAGGAGCAUCUUCAGCCGUUCUUGGAGCCACCUACUCCUUCUUCACCACCUCCUCACACUUCUACACCAAUGGGUAAUGUACAGAAAUCAUUAGAUGACGAAGUUAAGUUGCCUAUGAUCGAAAUACCUAAGUUCAGUGGCAAGUAUGAAGAAUGGCAGACGUUCUACGACUUAUUUUCUUCACUCAUACACAACCAUAAGCGCUUAUCACCUGUACAAAAGUUACAUUACUUAAAGGGUAACUUAGUUGGAGAACCAGAAGCAAUGUUACGCAAUUUUACUACAACUAAUGCAAACUAUACCGAGGCGUGGAACCUAUUAGUGAAGCGAUACAACAACAAGAGAUUUAAUUGCAAUGCAUUAUUGAAGUUAUUAUUUACACAUAGAUCAAUCAACACGGAGUCGGCGAGUUUAAUUAAACAAUUAGUAGACACCUUUUCUACCUGUUUGAAUGCUUUGAAAAAUAUGGAAGUGCAAACUGAUACCUGGGACUUGUUGAUUGUCUACUUGGUCGUAUCAAAGUUGGAUACUGAGUCUAUGAGACAGUGGGAACAGCAUCUAAGCGGAAGCAGCAUUGAAUUGCCUACCUGGUCGGAACUGCGAGACUUUCUAGAAGCUAGAUUCAGAUCAUUAGAGAUGAUAGACAAUAAUAAGAUCACUACGCAGAGGACAAGUCAACCUAAACCUAUUGUGAAACCUAAGACCUUCCAUACAAACAUGAACAGAGACGUGAAAACACACGACAUCAAGUGUGCAAUGUGCAGCGGAGAGCACUACAUCUACAAUUGCAAGAAAUUCGGAGAGAUGCCUACUAACGAGAGACAGAACUUCGUGCAGACCAACAAGCUAUGCUUCAACUGCCUCGCGCCGUCCCACUCGGUGCUGAGGUGCCGGCAGGCGGCGUGCUGCAGGCGCUGCGGGCGGCGCCACCACUCACUCCUGCACUUCGAGCGAGAGCAGAACACGGAGAAGCCCACCGAGAGUCAAACUACGAGUACAUCUACAGGUAUUUCGAGCGAGUCGUCGUCGAGAGGUAAGCCUUUGUCUAAUGAUACACACAUUGUAACCAAUUUUUCUAGUGAGCAAAUGAAACCUAACUGUGUACUUUUAGCUACUGCUAAUGUGAUAGUUGAGAGUAAAAAUGGUUGCAAAUAUAUGAUUAGAGCUUUAUUAGACCAAGGGUCACAGGCAUCAUUUGUCACAGAGGCGACCGUUCAAUUACUUAAUCUUAAACGAGAAUCAGUAAGUGGUUGGGUGUCAAGCUUGGGAGACGGGCAAACGAGAAUUAAACACAUGGUCUCACUUUGCGUGAAAUCACGCCACAAUCCCAAAGCAUCAGUUCGAGUAGAAGCGUACGUACUACGUUCACUUACAACACUUUUACCUACUACUAAACUUAGCACACCUGACGGGUUAAACUUCGAGAAUUUAGAGUUAGCUGACCCAGGGUAUGCCACACCAGGGAGAAUCGACAUUCUACUUGGAGCGGAGGUCUACAGCGACGUUCUACUGGACGGCGUCAUCAAACAUCCAAAAGGUAACUUAAUGGCACAGAAUACUAUUCUAGGUUGGGUGUUAUCUGGAAGGAUGUCUCGAGAAUCCAUCACCGCGCAGAGAAAUAUCACAAGCUUGCAUGCUCAUGUUAAAGAAGAUGAGAUGCUGAAGCUAUUUUGGGAGUUAGAAAACGAGCCUAAUAAAAUAGAAAAGAGAUUGUCAAGAGAAGAAGAAAAUUGUGAAGAGUUCUACAAUGCUACAACAGUUAGAGACGAGGAAGGAAGGUAUGUAGUAAAGCUUCCAUUUAAAAGCGAGAACCCAGAGUGUCAAAAUGGUCGAUUGAGAGAAGUAGCUGCCAAGAGAUUCGAGUACUUAGAGAGAAAGCUGACUAAAAACAAUAAGCUUCGCGAGGAAUAUCAUAAGGUAAUGGAUGAAUAUAUAAAAUUAGAGCAUAUGGUUCCAGUGCAAGCAGCUGAUAUCGACAAUCCUAAAGCAGUGUAUCUUCCUCAUCAUGCUGUACUGAGGGAUGAUAAAGACACAACAAAAGUUCGAGUUGUUUUCGACGCAUCGUGUAAAGGUGUUAAUAACAAGUCGCUCAAUGAUGAUCUCCUAGUAGGUCCUAAAUUACAACAAGACUUACGACACAUCUUGAUGCGGUGGAGAACACACAGAAUCUGUAUAUCUGCAGACAUUGUCAAAAUGUAUCGAAUGGUACGCGUAGCUGAUGAAGAUACUCACUUCCAGAGAAUAUUGUGGAGAGAUGCACCAGAUAAGCCGAUUGAACACUACAGACUUUUGAGGCUAACAUUCGGGACUGCUUGUGCACCUUAUCUUGCUGUGAAAUCUCUACAAAGGCUAGCAGACGAUGAGAAACAUAAAUAUCCACUCGCUGCAGAGAUAACGAAGACGGAUUUCUACAUCGAUGACCUUUUGACAGGAUGCGACACUGAAGAAGAAGCACUAACAAUCUACAAUGAGAUGAAUAACUUAAUGAGAGCAGGUGGGUUCGACCUUCAAAAAUGGAGUAGCAACAAUGAGAACGUGAUGAGAUACAUAAGUGAAAACAAGCGAGCUGAUCAAGAAGUUCCCCUCAAGGUCAACAGUUUGGUGAAAAUACUAGGAGUGUGUUGGAAUCGGGAUACAGAUAGUUUUGAAUACACAUUGAAUAUGUUAGAGCCGAGACACCCGAUUACCAAACGUCAUAUUCUUUCUGAGGUAGCCCAACUGUACGACCCUGAAGGAUGGAUUGCGCCUGUCGUCGUUGUGGCGAAAAUGAUCAUACAGAAGUUAUGGAAGACAGGCCUAGACUGGGAUGAUUCUGUGGAAGGUGAGCUACUUGAAGAGUGGUUAACUUACAGACAAGAUUUGAGCAACAUUAAACACAUCACGAUACCAAGGUGGUCACACAACUCCACUACGUCGAAGACGGAGUUACAUGUGUUCGCAGACGCUUCCCAGGCAGCUUAUGGAGCAGCAGUUUAUAUCCGAGUCGUUGAAAACGAAAACGUUUAUGUGAGCCUCAUUACUGCCAAAACCAAAGUUGCGCCUGUGGAAAAGCAAAUUUCUAUUCCUCGACUAGAGUUAUGCGGCGCAGCAAUGGCAGCUACACUAAUCUCAGAAGUAUCUCAGGUAUUGAACAUCAACAAGGAAAAUCUGCACGCGUGGACAGACUCAACCAUCGUCUUGGCAUGGUUGAAAGGUGGAGCAAGUAGAUGGAGCACAUUCGUGAGCAACCGAGUGUCCACUAUACUCAACAUAUUAGACUACGAGCAGUGGGGUCAUGUUGCUACAGACAUGAACCCAGCAGACUAUGCCUCAAGAGGAUUACCAGCUUCACAAUUAUCGAGUCAGUCAUUAUGGUGGAGCGGUCCCGCUUGGCUAUCUGAAAACGACAUCAAUGUCAGCACACCAGACAUUGAAGAUACUCAUGAAGAAGAGAAAGUGAAGACUUUAACCGCUUUGAUAAACACAGAAGAUGAGCUAAUUUGGACAAAAUUUUCUAACUUACAGAGAAUGUUGAGAGUUAUUUCUUAUUGCAGAAGAUGGCUGAACUUAAAUGAAGCUAAAGAGAAACGCGAGAAACAUACACAAUUUAUAACAGCAGAAGAAAUAAAACAAACGUUGGAAAGUUGUAUAAAACAAGCACAAGAGAUAGAAUUCAAAGACGAGAUAAAGCAGUUAAAGUCUGAAGGAAGUGUCCCCAAAAAGAGUAAACUCCGUAAUCUUUGCCCCCUUCUUGAUGAAAGUGGCAUAUUAAGAGUCGGCGGUCGUAUCCAACAAUCGCAUACGGACUAUGACACACAGCAUCCUAUAAUAUUACCUGCUACGAGUCAUCUUAGCAGACUAAUUAUUGUAGAUGCCCACCAGAAGACAAUGCACGGAGGACCCCAACUAAUGCUGAAUUAUUUGAGGUCUAAAUUCUGGAUUAUGCGAGCGAGGGACCUAUCAAAGAAGAGUUAUCGAGAGUGUGUAACGUGCAUCCGAUAUUCUGUCAAGAAUACAACUCAAAUUAUGGGACAGUUACCAGAAGUGAGACUGAAACCCAACAGACCCUUCAAGUCAGCAGGUGUCGAUUACGCAGGACCCAUCAACAUUAGGUUUUCACCCGGUAGAGGUUCGAAAUCCUACAAGGGAUACAUCUGUUUGUUUGUGUGUAUGGUGACCCGCGCCAUCCACCUUGAAGCUGUCACGGACCUGACUUCAAAGGGCUUUAUCGCAGCAUUUAGGCGAUUCACUGGAAGAAGAGGCCAUUGUUAUGACCUCUAUAGCGACAAUGGCACCAACUUUAUCGGCGCAGACAAGCAGUUGAGAGAGAUGUUCAACAGCGCCAAAUCUACAUUUCCAGGUGAGUUAGCAGAGUUACUAAGUUUAGAACGCACCACAUGGCAUUUCAUCCCCCCCCGGGCCCCGAACUUUGGCGGAAUUUGGGAAAGUGGAGUGCGCAGUACCAAGACGCAUCUAAAAAAGGUAAUCUCAGACACUACACUUACGUACGAGGAACUAGCUACCGUUUUAACCCAAGUGGAGGCUUGCUUAAAUUCGCGGCCAAUAACUGUGCUGAGUGACAACCCGAAUGACCCCCUCCCCUUGACACCGGGCCACUUUCUGAUAGGUGAACCUUUAUUAAACUUGAGCGAUGAAAACUAUACACUAUGUAAUUCAAAUCACCUAGAAAGAUGGAGAUUAGUUCAAAAAAUGGUCACCGAUUUCUGGAACAGGUGGUAUAAAGAAUAUUUGGUAACGUUAAAUCAAAGAUAUAAGUGGAACACAAAGAAUGCUGAGCCAGAAAUCGAUGAUGUAGUUAUAUUAAAGGAAGACAAUAUUCCACCUAGCAAGUGGAUUUUAGGCAAAAUUGUACAAAAACAUGUCGGUCCUGAUAAUAUUACACGCGUUGUAUCCGUCAAGUGUAAAAACGGCAUUUUUAAACGACCUGUGAGUAAAAUAUGUGUCUUACCUGUAAAUAAACUUUGCACCUAAUUACUAUAAUUAGUUAUCCGAGUAAAUUUAAAUGAUAAAAGUUAUAAAAAUAACUACUUAAACUAUCUUUACCUACCUAAGUAUUAUGUAAUCUACGUUCCUAUAGCUACUUAUAAACUAGAUUAUAAUACUUACCUUUGAACUUAUAAACUAAAAUAAUUAAUGUAGGUACUUACCUUCAUACUUACCUUAGAUGAGUAAUACUUACCUGUUGCUUAUAUGCUACAUUAACUAAUGUGUAUACCUACAAAAUAAGAUUAAUCUUAGUUACAUACUUACCUGUGUCAUAAUAAGACUCAUACAUAAGUUCAUAAACCUGAGUUGUUGUUGUUAAAGAUAGAUAUCAAUUGUUAUUUUUGUGUUAGUAUAUAGUAUGGUGGGCGGUUAAAUAAGAAAUUCAUAUUUAAACUUAGCCAUGUAUUUACAUAAGAAUGUCAGUCACUAGUUCUUUAAAUUGAGAGCCUAUGUAUAAGUACAUCUGUUGUUUUAAAAUACAUACACCAUACUUGCUUAAUAAUUAAGUCAUAAAACACAUUGUGUUAUUAUUCCUUGAGUUAGGUAUCUUAUAUUGUACUUAAAUAUUUCAUAUUUCGUUGCAUAUUUUGUGUUUACUUAGCGAUUUUUGUAUUUAAAUUGUUUAAAGAACUGCGUCCUUUGGUGGGCGGAAUGUCCAAACGCAAAACCUCAUAUAGGUACCUAGCUAUACAUUACUAUUACAGUCCACUAAAAUAUCGAAUAGGGUAAAAGCAAUUUUUAGUCUAAAUAAAAUCAUUACAAGGUU